UAGAACACAAAUGGAAUCAAUCAAGAGGAGAAAUCCACUCGUUAAAAUAUAUGUUUCUCGUCAAACCGUGAUAUCAUGAACAUCUAGUUUAAUUUGUAGUUAAAGGCAGACUGUAUUAAGAAUCUUACUUUAAAUGACUGCAAGUAUGUGUUCAACCUGUGUUAAACAGCACCAAGAAGCAUCAUUGAGGAUAAAAAAGUCACAGGAUGCAAGAUCAGCAAUUGGCACACAGUAAACUAUCAGGAUGAGCAUGAAGCAAAUUGGUCCAGGGAGCAAAUCAAGAAGUCAGAUGGCCCCAGUAACAAAUGUUGCUAUUGCACCAGCAAUGUAUGGUAACCCUGCACCAGCAAUAAAUGACAAAGAAUCUAUGGAGCUGCUGAGCACGUUUGAAUGCCCUGUUUGCUUCGACUAUGCUCUGCCUCCAAUUAUGCAGUGCCAAAGUGGGCACAUCGUGUGCCAGAGUUGUAGAGUUAAACUCUCCAUGUGCCCAACGUGCAGAGGACCACUUGGUAACUUCCCAAAUCUGGCCAUGGAUCAAGUGGCUCUUACUGUAAAUUUUCCAUGUAAAUAUGCAAACUAUGGCUGUCCAAGCACCCUGCUGCAUACUGCUAAACCUGACCACGAAGAGACAUGUGAAUUCAGGCCAUACUGUUGCCCAUGUCCUGGAGCGUCAUGCAAGUGGCAGGGAGGCCUAGAACAAGUCAUGCCCCAUCUCAUGUCUUCUCAUAAAAGUAUCACCACUUUACAAGGGGAAGACAUAGUUUUUCUGGCCACAGACAUCAACCUAUCUGGAGCUGUGGACUGGGUUAUGAUGCAGUCUUGCUUUGGUCACAAUUUCAUGCUCGUCCUUGAGAAACAGGAAAAGGUGGAGGGACAGCACAUGUUCUACGCUAUUGUGCAGCUUAUUGGUACACGGAAACAGGCGGAAAACUUUGCAUACAGACUGGAGCUCAAUGGUGCGAGGCGUCGCCUAACUUGGGAGGCCACCCCACGCAGUAUACACGAUGGUGUUCAGUCUGCCAUCAGUUCAAGUGACUGCCUCGUGUUCGAUACUAACAUUGCCCAGCUGUUUGCAGAUCAUGGCAAUCUUGGGAUUAAUGUCACCAUUUCCACAUGUGCCAUGUCUUGAAAAUGUUCUAUUUGUUCUUCUCACUGUAUAUUGUUCCUUUUGUUGGUUGCCUUCAACUGUUUGCUGCUGUAGAAUCCCAAUUUUAUCAAGGUACAUUUGUUGUAAAUAGAAUUGAUGUAGCAGUUGACUGCUCUGAAGGCAUCAGGGUUGUGCUUAACAAGAGGUGUUAUUUAUAUUUCAACAUCAAGGGAUACACAAUUCCUUUGAGAAGCAGAAUUGUGUUUUCUCUGAAUAAGAAUGCUUCCAGGGGCUAUGUUCUGGCAAAACCGGACUGGAUGCAUUGAGUCGUCUUCUGAAAAAACUGGGCAUAAUGCAUGUGGGUAUUGUGUCAUUACAGAUUAGCCUGUGCAAUCCGCACAUGCCAAUAAGGGACAACACUUUUUGCUUUUAUGACAUUUUUCGAUUAAAUGAAGUGUCUCUUCUUAGCAAAAAUCCAAUUAAGGCGAAAAGUGUCGUCCCUGAUAAGCCUGUGCGGACUGCACAGGCUAAUGUGGGACGACACUUUACGCACAUGCAUUAUGCCCAGUUUUCUCAGAACGCGACUCCAUUGCUUAAAGUGUUGUCUAAGAUUAUCUGGGACAAAACUAUUUGCCUACAAUACAUUUUAAUUUAGAGGAGACAAAAAAAUCGAUAGCAGCAAAGAGUGUCAUGCUAAUAUUGCACCACACUUAACGCACAUGCAGUUUGCUAAAAAAGCCAUACCAUAUGGUUGUUCAAUUGUAAACAAAGAUAGAUUACGGGUGAUGAAAUCAAAUGCUAGUAUUGACCAGUUUCUCCCAGAGCAUUAAGAAACCAACCGACCAUUUGAGCAAUUUUAGAAAAUAAAAUAAAUAUUUGCUUUAUCUUUGAAUUUCUGUGUUGGUUGUAUACAUUUUGACAUCAUAAGUUAUAACCCACCUAUUCCAAUGAGUAACUUUUUACACACCAAAUACAAAUUGUUAUAUUUUCUUUACAUGUAUUUGUAAGAGUUCUUGCUUGAAUGUCAUAUAAGUAAUACUUGCUUAACCCUUUGCAUGCAGGGAAAUUUGUCUUCUGCUAAAAAUGUUGUCUGCUGAAUUUUUAAAAUUAGCAUUUUCUUUGAUUUUUUUCAAAGAAUACUAUCUGAAUAGCAAACAGUUUGGAUCCUGAUGAGACGCCACGUUCUGUGGCGUCUCAUCUGGAUCCAAACUGUUUGCAAAGGCCUUCAAAAUUCGGUUCCCGCACUGAAAGGGUUAAGAACAUUUUAAAUUUGGCAAUAAAUAUGAUUAAUUACUUGUUAACAUGGCACAUUUUGAAUAUAUAACUGCAAUUUUCGAGAUGUUCUCUGUGUGCUGCAGGAAAAAAAGGAAAUAAAAACAGCUGGAACUUUCAAAUUACUUCUGCCCAGUGCAUAUCAUUGUCGUAUGACUGUUAUGGAAUGUUUUACUUGUAGGAAAUCAAUCUUGUAUUGUUCAUGUGUGUAGAUCAUUGGGAGUUUCCAUAAUUUGACUUUAAAAUAUUUGCUAUCUAAAAAUAUAGUGUAACAUACCUUGACAGAACAAAUUUUACGUCUGAUUUUUUUUGUCUCAUGUUCAUUGUAUAGCAUUUAAAAAACACAUGCUUUUACUUUGUCAUAAUGAGUUACAAAUGUUAUGUACUUUCUUGACAGGGCCUAUGAAGAAACCCUCUUAGUCUCACUCUGCAACUCUUUGUUAUUUAAGCUCAAAGUAAGUCUCAUUGAUUCAUCUCUCCAAGAUGUAAUAAACAGUGAAUAUAUUUUACAUAUAGGCCUCUUUUUGAUGUUUUGUCGAUGUCUGUGAUCAAUUAGAUCAAAUAUCGCUAACUUUUAAAUAUGCAUUUGUCAGAGUCUGUCUGUACCGCUUAUGAAUUUGGAAGUCAGUAAUUUUACACAAACACUGAUCGAUUAAAGAAUAUAUGUAGAGUAUUUGUGACCAAUCUUUAUAGAGAAUAUGAUAUAUUUACCUAGUAUAUACAUGUAGUAUAUAUAUUGUUGACAUAGUCUAUUUAAAGUAUUUUUCUAAACACUUAGUUGUAAAUUAUACAACAACAUGUUCACUUUUAACGUAUAACAUUUUGUAUUAAGACACAGAAAAUAUCACAUUGCUUAACCACUUGUAAACAGUUCCUUAAUGAGGUUGUCAUUCUGAUAGGAUUUGUCCACUUUUUAGCUCACCUGAUUGCUCAGGUGAGCUUUUGUGACCGGUCUUUGUCGGUCGUCUGUCCAGCGGUUAACAUUUUCUCGUAAACACGAGGCCACAUUUAUUGUCUGAUCUUCAUGAAACUUGGUCAGAAGCUUCGUCCCAAUGAAAUCUCGGUCGCGUUCGAAACUGGGUCGUGCUGGGUCAAAAACUAGGUCACUAGGUCAAAAAAAAAAGAGAAAAAACUUGUUAACACCGUAGAAGUCACAUUUCAUGCCCAAUCUUCAUGUAACUUUGUCAAAAUGUUUGCCAUAAUGAUGUGUUGGUUGAGUUCAAAAGUGGUUCCGGUCCGUUGAAAAACAUGGUUGCAAGUGGGCGGGGCAGUUUUCCUAAUUUGGCUAUAGAGAAACCUUGUAAACACUCUGGAAGUCACAAUUUUUGCUCAAUCAUCAUGAAAGUUGGUCAAAACAUUGGUUUUAUUGAUUUCUCAGACGAGUUUGAAAAUGGUCCAGAUCGGUGAAAAAACAUGGCUGCCAGUGGGCGGGGCAUUUUUCUCUUUAUGUAUAUAGUGAAAACAUGUCAAUACUUUAGAAGUCACAUUUUUGGCCCAAUUUUCAUGAAAUUUUGUCAGAACUUUUGUUUCCUAGAUACAUGAGUUAAGUUUUAAAAUGGUUCCUGUCCGUUGAAAAACAUGGUUGCCAGGGGGAGGUGGCAGUUUUCCUUAUAUUUAUAUAGUAAAAAGGCUUGUAAACUAUCAUGAAUUAAGGUCAUGUAACAUGCGAGACAACUCUUCUAAAUAUUGCAUUUAAGUUUACAGUAGUUACUCCCCUUUGAUUAUUAAUGUUUUCAUAAUAAUACAGUGUAGUUGUGUCAUUUAUAUGUUAAUUGUUAUUCGAGGUUGGAUUUUUUUAUGCCCCCUUUCGAAGAGAAGUGGGCAUAAAGUGAUCGGACUGUCCGCCUGUCUGUCUGUCCGGCUUUCCGUCACACUUUGCGUUUAGGUUUCAAAAAAUGCUCAUAACUUCUAUGUCCCUUGAGAUAUAACCUUCAUAUUUGGUAUGCAUGUGUAUAAGGACAAGGCCUUUCCAUACGCACAAAUUUUUUUUCCCCUGUGACCUUGAACUUAGGGUCUGCGUUUAGGUUUCAAAAUCUGUGUUUAGGUUUCAAAAAAUGCUCAUAACUUCUAUGUCCCUUGAGAUAUAACCUUCAUAUUUGGUAUGCAUGUGUAUAUUGGCAAGGCCUUUCCAUACGCAUAAAUUAUUUACCACUGUGACUUUGACCUUGAACUUAGGGUCCGCGUUUAGGUUUCGAAAUUUGCGUUUAGGUUUUGAAAAAUGCUAUAACUUUUAUCAAAGCAUUUAUAGGGGGCAUAUGUCAUCCUAUGGUGACAGCUCUUGUUUUUAGCUCACCUAUUGCUCAGUUGAGCUUUUGUGACCGGUCUUUGUCUUUCGUCCGUCCGUCCACAUUUGUUCGUAAACACUCUAAAGGCUACAUUAAUUGUCUGAUCUUCAUGAAACUUGGUCAGAAGAUUUGUCCCAAUGAUAUCUUGAUCGCGUUCGAAACUGGGUCAUGCUGGGUCAAAAACUAGGUCACUAGGUCAAAAAAAGAAAAAGCUUGUAAACACUGUAGAAGUCACAUUUAAUGCCCAAUCUUCAUGUAACUUUAUCUAAAUGUCUGUCUAAAUGAUAUGUUGUUUUAGAUCAAAAGUGGUUCCGGUCGGUUGAAAAACAUGGCCGCCAGUGGGUGGAGCAGUUUUCCUUAAAUGGCUAUAGAGAAACCUUGUAAACACUCUAGAAGUCACAAUUUUGGCCCAAUCAGCAUGAAAGUUAAUCAAAACAUUUGUUUUAUUAAUAUGUCGGACGAGUUCGAAAAUGGUCUAGAUCGGUGAAAGAAUAUGGCCGCUAGUGGGCGGGCAUUUUUCUCUAUAUGUUUUUAGUGAAAACAUGUGAACACUCUAGAAGUCACAUUUUUUGCCCAAUUUUCAUGAAAUUUUGUCAGAGCAUUUGUUUCCUUGAUACGAGAGUUGAGUUGGAAAAUGGUUCCGGUCAGUUGAAUAACAUGGCUGACGGGGGGGGGGGCAGUUUUCUUAUAUAAAUUUAUAUAGUAAAAAAAAGCUUGUGAACACUCUAGAAGUCUCAUUUUUAGCCCAAUCUACAUGAAACUUGGUGACUAGAUUUGUUUAAUAUAUAUCUCAGAUGAAUUUGCAAAUGGUCAAUAAACAUGGCUGCCAGGUGGGUGGGGCAGUUUUCCUUAUGUGACUAUAUAGAGAGAAACCUUGUGAUCGAACACUAUAGAAGUCACAUAUUUUGCCUAAUCAUCAUGAAACUUACCUGGUAGUCAAUACAUUGGUUUUAUUGAUUUCUUGGACAAGUUGAAAAAUGUCUCAGAUCGGUGAAACACACUUUAGCUCACCUGAUUGCUCAGGUGAGGUUUUAGGAUUGGUCUUUUUCCGCUGUUCGUUCGUCCACAUUGGUUUGUAAACACUCUAGCAUUCACAUUUCUUUAUCAAAGUUGCUGAAAGAUCUCAGUCAAGUUUGAUGAUGAGCAAAAUCACAUAAUUAAUGCCAUGAUUAUUGCCCUUAGAUUGUCCAAAUUUUCAUUAUAUUAUAGAAAAUCCUUGUAAGCAAUGUUUGAUGUUUGGUAAGGGGGGUCAACUCAAAAUAUAGGUCACCAUUUCAAAUCUUACAAAAACAAAAACACUCCCUACGCCAGAGUUUUGGUUCAAUAAUGAUGAAACUUGACCAGGAUGUUUGUCUGGUCAAUAUCUAGGUCAAGUUUGACAUUAGGUAAAGAUUGAAUGAACCGACUUCUCUUAGGUGAGCGAACUAGGGCCAUCUUGGCCCUCUUGUUAUCAAUUACAUCCAUGUCACAUUUAAUUCAUUGUGUAUGUCUUGUCAAUCCGAAGUCCAUAUUGUUGGAUAUUAGCAAUUAAUAAUGCCUAUAUCAAAGUAUAUUUUGUAAAUCAAGCUUAUUACAAAAUUAAAAAUAACUUACCCAAACAUGAAAAGCAGCAUGCUGUUAACAAACAAAACUAUCGAAUUUUGCACACACAGAAAACCAGCCCAAAACAGAUGUGUACAAAUGAUAUAUUUAUAAUAAAUGUAAAUGCCUGUUACUUAACAUAAAAAAUGUAUAUGAUUACAUUUUAAAAAACCCUGAAACUUCAGUGUUUGUAAAUAUCAUUUUGAAUGUGCAUGAUUUUCAUUUCAAAACAUAGGCAUUUUAUCUAUGUCGUAAAUGCUGUUUUAAUGUAAUUUAAGUUCUAAUAAGGUGCUUCGAUAUUAUUUAAAUACAAAUGUAAAGUAGAUGUCUGAUGAAGCUAAUGUUAGAGAUAUUCAUGUCAGGACUAAAUAAAUCAAAUUAUUAGUUUUAAGUGUUUUAAUGGCUUUGUGCUUUAUCAAAUAUGUUCGAACUAUUUUCUUAUGUGUCACUGUUUAAAUAGGGAAGUUUGUCAUGUUCUUGCCCAUGAUGAAAGUUAUGUAUAUGUGAAGUCUGUAAAAAUUAUUGAUUAAAUAAAAAAAAAGAAACAUUAA